GGUACGACGAGCCACGGCUGCCGUGUUAUAAAAGCUUGAGCGGCUGCAUUUCCAGCGGACAUUUUGACUUUGACCGUCCAACCCUCCCCAUAUUUUACACUAAUUUAAUAUACUAUCGUAAUAUAUUAUACACCGGCCAACGGUUGUAAUAAAUGUCAUCGUUAUAACUGCUUAAUGUCAGAAUCACGUUACAGGAACCCGUUUUUAGCGAUUACAUUUUCUCCCCAUUUUUCUUUCGCUCCUCUUUUCUAAUACUAUACAUACAUUAUAAAAAAUUAUACAAGUGAUAGAAUAUAUCUCAACAACACUAUCCAGUGACGAGAGCAACCAAGUCAAUCAAUUCCGACAGAUAUACAAUAAGACGAUAAAAAUAUGGCAACAAAUUGGUGGAAAUUAAUAGUCUUGCAAAUAUUGAUAACUACUGCAAUUGGUUCAACUGGAUUGGAGCUUGGUGACGAUUCAAAAUUGUCAAAUGAAAAUAUGAUUUCAUUAUUUAAACAGUUUUUAGAGGAUAUAAAUAAUCAACAUACAAACAUCAAAGAUAAUGAGAAAAUAGAGAAAAUAAUACAACCAUUGUCAUUGACAUCAAUAAAUGGCAAAUAUUUUGACAAAUUCACAGAGAAUGAAUUAAAAAAUGAGGAUUUACAGCAAUCAACAUUUGAAAAUCUUCAAAAUAUGAAAAGUAUUGAACAUUUUAACAAGAAAAGUGGUAAGAAAAACCAUAAAACAAACUUAUGUUAUUUUAAGAUUUGCAACAAAAAAAAAUCCAUAGAUGACUAUGACAAUUUCAUCCGUUAUGUAACAAAAAGAUAUUACAAUACACAACAGUUUUAAACCAUCAUGUUUUUGAUUUUAUUGGAAAAAAUAAAUUCGUAGUAAAUGUAUUAUUCCAAUAAAAUUAUAACAUUAAUAAUAAGUAGUUUGAUACUGUGAAGAUUCAUUUAUCAUAAUUCAUUAAUUAUAUCAUUAUUAUUCAUAUUUAUAUACAAAUAAUAAAAUAUAGUAAACAUUUAAUGUAUUAGUUAUGUCAGUUAGAUACUUAUUUAGAUAUUAUGA